CCUUGCGUCUCGGCCGCCCACCGCAAGCUCUGCCUUCGGGUGUCCGCCCGCGCCCACGAUGCCGCGCCUCCCGAAGACGGCGACGUCUAUGGAGGACGGCGAGCCGAGCCUGGGCCGCUUCGUCGUCGACGCCAACGCGGGGGGCGAGGGCAUGGUCGUCGAGGUCAAGGUCGGCGGCUGGCGCGUGCUCCUGUCCGCCGACGGGUCGCGGUCGUCGAAGCGGAGCGCGGCCCUCGAGUACGUCGCGGACCGGGAGCCGCCGGAGGAGUUGGUGGGGCGGUGCGCCGCGCUCGGCGUCGCGUUCAGCCCCUACGUCGGCGAGCGGCGCGUCGUCGCGCGGACGCGCCGCUCCGAGGACGGCGACACGGCCGCGCCGCGCCCCCCCGCGGGCCGCGAGCACCGGGGCCGGUCGUCGGCCGGCGGCGCGAAGACGCCGGCGCCGGCCGUCGGCGAGGUCCUCGGCGCGCUCGACGGCGACGCGUGGCGCCGCGGCGUCGUCGUCGGCGUCGAGAGGGCCAUGGAUGCGCUGGCGGACCACGUGCUCGUCGUCGACUACGAGGGCGGCGCCGACGUCGUCCGCGAGCCCUGGCCGCCCGCGGGCGAGCGGCGGCUCUACCGCGCGGCGCAGAGCGACCGCGUGCCCCGCGCGCUCGCGAAGCCGCCCAAGGCCCUCGUCGGCUUCGGCUACCGCGCGGCGGACGGGGCGUUGGCCCACGUCGUCGGCUUCCGCCUCCACGACGGCGACGCGCUCCUCGUCGAGCUCCGCGGCGCCGCGCGCCUCGUCCCGCUCGCCGACGUCCGCGCGGCGAUGAUCGCGGACGAGGAGUCGGUCUUCGGCCGCGUCGCCAAGGCCCAGCGCCGGGCCGCCGCGCCCAAGCUCCCCGCGCGCAAGUCCGACAGCCCGACGCCCAAGCGCAAGCGCGGCGCCGAGCCCGACGACGACUCGGACGCCGACGGCUCGGACGACGCCGCGGACGACGCCGCGCCCGCCGCCGCGCCGGGCCUCCCCAUGCACGCGCUCCUCUUCUCCCCCUUGGGCGUCGACGGCCGGCGCUGGCCCGUGUGCCUGCUCAUGCUCGCCAUGGGCAGCCUCCAGGCGUCGGGCUGGAUGGUCUUCUCAGCAUCCGACGCGGCGUCGCGCGCGGCCUUUGGGCUGGGCUCCGACGGGUCCCUGGUCCUCGACUGGUUCAUGAACGUGGGCACGAUCUGCUUCGUCCUCGCGCUGCCGCUCUUCGGGAAGCUCCUGCGCCGCCUCGGGCCGACGCGGGGCCCGCACGCGGCGGUGUCGGUCGCGGGCUGGCACGGCGCCGCGUUAAGCUCGGCCCUCCGCUGCGUCGCCGUCUACGCGCGGGGCGCGCCCUGGGCCGUGCCGCUCGCCUUCGUCGCCUGCGCCGUCAACGGCGCCGUCGCCCCGGGCUUCUAUUACGGCUCGGCCGUCGCGGAGGUCUGGUUCCCGGAGACCGAGCGGUUCCUCGCGCUGGCGAUCCUCGCGAUCCCGGGCACCGUGGGCCCGCUGCUCGCCUUCGG